AACAAAACUCGUCAGUAGCUGAGUAGCCACUGUGCUCUUGAGAAGGAUGACGAGCCCCAUGCACGCGCGGAAGGCUAAGCUCAAGACCCACUUCAUCUCCGCCAAAGCGAAGCUCAAGCACAACGUCACCCCGCGUCGCGUCGUCCUGCUGGCUGCCGCCGCUACCUCCGCCUUCCUCCUCCUAUUCACCCUCCGCACCCUCCACUCUGCCGCGUCACGCAGCGCCAGAGCAAGCGCCGCUGCCACCGUUGCCGCUGCCAUUGCCUCCACGUCUCCAGCGUCCGUCGCCGCCGACCACGCCGACCAGCUGGAGCAGCACCACCAUCAAGAGUGCGCCAAGGUGCCGUCGUCCGUCGCAGAGGCGCUGGUCCACUACGCGACGUCCAACGAGACGCCGCACCAGACGGUGGCGGAGGCCGGGGCCGCCGCGCGCGUGCUGGCGCGGCGUGCGCCGUGUAGCCUCCUGGUGCUGGGGCUGGGACCCGACAGCGCGCUCUGGGCGGCACUCAACCACGGCGGCCGCACGCUCUUCCUCGAGGCGGACGCCGGCCGGAUCGCCUCGGCCCGCGCCGCGCACUCGGCCGGGAUCGACCUCCAGGCCCACCCCGUCGCUUUCCAACAAGAGGCCAUGACGCCGUCCGACGAUCUCCUGGCUCUCCGCAACUCCUCCGACUGCGCUGCCUCCCCGCCGAAACCUCUCACCGUGGACCACCUAGAGCAAUCUCCGUGCACGCUGGCGCCGCGCGGGCUACCGGAAACGUUCUACGAGGCGGAGUGGGACGUGAUCAUGGUGAACGCCCCGGUGCCUGGAGCGAUCUACACGGCCGCGGUGGCGGCUAGGGCGCGGCGCCCGGGGACUGGGGAAACCGACGUGCUGGUCCACGGCGUGGAUGACACUACCGAGGAGAGCUUCGCCAGGGCAUUCUUGUGUGAGCCGUACCUGAAAGAGGAAGCUAGCAGGCUCCGGCACUUCUCCAUUCCUAGCCACAUGGACAAGGACGCCAUGCCAUUUUGCCCAUUAAUACGCUAAUGAUAUAAUUGCUAUACUGAAUAAUCACUCGUAGAUUUAAUCUGAAGUUCAUACUUUUUUUUUCUGUUCUGGUGAAACAGCAUUUGACACUGUGAUUUCUGUAUUUUGUGAUUUGGUGUUUAGAUUUUGCUCAUUUUAUCGGUGUUUGUGUAUAAUAAUUCACUACUGGAA